AGGGCAUAGCAGAGGUCUUCAGAUGUUUCAUUUGCAUGGAAAAGCUGAGGGAUGCCCGUCUUUGUCCGCACUGCUCUAAAUUGUGUUGUUUCAGCUGCAUUCGGAGAUGGCUGACUGAACAAAGAGCUCAGUGUCCACACUGCAGGGCUCCAUUGCAACUAAGGGAAUUGGUUAACUGUCGGUGGGCAGAAGAGGUUACCCAACGGUUGGACACACUACAGUUGUGCAGUCUUAACAAGCAUGAGGAAAACGAGAAGGAUAAAUGUGAGAACCAUCAUGAAAAGCUCAGUGUAUUUUGUUGGACUUGUAAAAUAUGUAUCUGUCAUCAGUGUGCUCUCUGGGGUGGAAUGCAUGGAGGGCAUACUUUCAAGCCACUUGCUGAAAUUUAUGAGCAGCAUGUCACAAAAGUAAAUGAAGAGGUGGCCAAACUCCGUCGGCGGCUAAUGGAACUCAUUAGUCUUGUGCAGGAAGUGGAACGAAACGUUGAAGCUGUACGAGGUGCUAAGGAUGAACGUGUUAGAGAGAUCCGCAAUGCUGUGGAGAUGAUGAUUGCGAGAUUGGAUACCCAGCUUAAGAACAAGCUUAUUACACUUAUGGGCCAGAAGACUUCUCUAACUCAGGAAACAGAGCUUCUUGAAUCGCUUUUACAAGAAGUGGAACAUCAGCUUCGUUCUUGUAGUAAGAGUGAGCUUAUCUCCAAAAGUCCAGAGAUUCUUAUGAUGUUUCAGCAAGUUCAUAGGAAACCCAUGGCUUCUUUUGUUACUACACCGGUUCCACCAGAUUUUACCAGUGAACUGGUUCCUUCCUAUGAUUCCACUACAUUUGUUCUGGAAAACUUCAGCACUUUACGUCAGCGUGCUGACCCAGUGUACAGUCCACCUUUGCAAGUAUCUGGUCUCUGUUGGAGGUUAAAGGUUUAUCCGGAUGGAAAUGGAGUCGUAAGAGGGUACUAUUUAUCAGUCUUCCUGGAACUUUCUGCUGGACUCCCAGAGACAUCAAAGUAUGAGUAUCGAGUGGAGAUGGUUCACCAGUCUUCCAAUGAUCCUGCUAAAAACAUCAUUAGAGAAUUUGCAUCAGAUUUUGAGGUGGGAGAGUGCUGGGGAUAUAAUCGUUUCUUUCGACUGGAUCUACUUGCAAAUGAAGGCUACCUUAAUCGUGCAAAUGAUACUGUAAUUUUAAGAUUUCAGGUUCGUUCUCCUACGUUUUUUCAGAAGAGUCGAGACCAGCACUGGUACAUCUCUCAGUUGGAGGCAGCACAAACUAGCUAUGUUCAACAAAUAAACAACCUGAAGGAAAGACUUGCAAUAGAACUUUCAAGAAACCAGAAAUCCAGAGGUAUAUCCCCUCCAGACACUCAUCUCAGCCCCCAAAAUGAUGAAAGCCCAGAAUCCAGGAUUACAAAGACAGAUGUGAACAUUGAGAACAUUCCUUCUUUACCUACUCCUAGAGAAGCCGAAGAGGAUGAGGACAAAAUUCUUCAUGACGUGUUUAAUCAGGAUCUCUCCGAUGGAGACUUGGAUGCUGACUUGGCUGGGGAUGAUGAAGUGAACCAUUUGGAGGGCAGCUGUUCCUCUGCCAGCUCCACAGCCACCAGCAAUACCGAAGAAAAUGACAUUGACGAAGAGACUAUGUCUGGGGAAAACGACGUGGAGUAUGGCAGUAACAUGGAUUUAGAAGAAGGAGAAUUGAUGGAAGAUGUAGCUGGCGCAGCUGGAGCCUCAGCAAGCAGUCAUACAUAUGGUGGCACCAGAAACUCAAGGCGAUCUGGAAACAUAAGUGCUUCCAGCAGCAGCAGUUUAUUGGACCUAGACCCUCUUAUUCUUAUUCAUUUACUUGACCUCAAAGACAGAAACAGUGUGGAGAAUCUUUGGAGCUUGCAACCUAGACCUCCUGCAUCACUUUUUCAGUCCUCAGCUUCCUGUUCCCGCAAGGAUAGGGACACACGUGCACAGCAUACUUGGCGAGUCUCUCCUGAUCUGAAAAUGCUGAAGAGGUACAAGUCCCAGGUGCUUGAGGUGCGCAGCAAACUAUCUGCUGUGAAGAGCCAGUUAUGUGAUGUCAGGAGUAGCAGUGCUAGUGAAGGCCAGCUGAGCACUGCCGGAGACCUGGACUCACUGGACUCGCUUGCAGUAGGCAGUGGAGAAGGCUGCAGUAAGUUACAAGAGCUGGGCAUGGAGUUGCUCCGGAAAUCCUCUCUUGCGAGCUGUUAUGUGAGAAACAGUACCAGUAAGAAAUGUAAUUCCCCAAAGCAUUCUAGAUCCAGCGAAAGAGCAGGGAGUCUGUCUCUGAGGAGAGCAUUAGACUGUGGAGAUAGUGUUCAUCGUGUGAAAGGAGAAGGUCAAGUCCCUUCAGAAGGCUGUAACAGUGGAGCCAAGAAUGGUAGCAGACAUGGAUCACCAAGGUCUCUAAAUAAUGGGAGUCCUGAGGCGCCUUCUAGUUCUAAAGCAGAUGACAGACAGGCCGAACUACUGAGUGCUGAAAUACAAGCAAUGUGCCUGGAAAAGACCAGAAAAAUAGUCACAUUGGGGUCAAACGCUAAAGUAUGGAGUGGAAAAGACAAUUCACAAGCAGGCAGCUUGGAUAGUGAUCAAGAAGCUGGGGACAUUAACCCUGUGUUAUCUGACGGUGUUUCCUCUUAUCCUGAUGAAGCUACAGUGUGUUCCAAGCACGUUCUUCACAUUUUGCCAGGUAUGAGCAGUGACAGUGACAUUGAGUGCGAUACAGAAAAUGAGGAACAAGAGGAAAGCCUUAACUGUGCUGGCUUCAAUGAAACAUUCACAACACAAUCUUCAGGUGAAGAUCAAGGCUGUUCUUUCCCAGAUAACAAUAAUAUAACUUCAGAAGACCUCCAUUUUGUUGCUGGAGAAGAUAGUGGAAGGUGA